CACCUCACCUCAACUUGAAGAACUCAAGAUAUAUAUAUAUAUCAAAACACACAAAACUUAACAUUUAAUAACAAAAAUGGUUAGAGCUCCAUGUUGUGAUCAAAAGAUGGGUUUAAAGAAAGGCCCAUGGACUCACGAAGAAGAUCAAAUCCUUAUCAAUUACAUUAACCUUCAUGGCCACCCCAAUUGGCGUGCUCUUCCUAAACUAGCUGGUUUAUUGAGGUGUGGGAAAAGUUGCCGGCUAAGAUGGACUAAUUAUUUGAAACCCGAUAUUAAAAGGGGCAACUUUAGUCGAGAAGAAGAAGAAACUAUCAUACAAUUACAUGCCGCUAUGGGAAAUAGAUGGUCAGCUAUUGCUGCAAAGUUGCCAGGACGAACAGAUAACGAGAUAAAAAACGUGUGGCAUACACAUUUAAAGAAGCGAGUAAACCCUAAACCUAAUAAAAACACAUCCAAAGUUCAACAAAAUGUUGAAGAAUCUAAAGAGGAUAAUUUAGAGAGCUCAGCCCCAUUCGACACAAAUUUGAGUACGCAAACGAGUUAUAACGAACUUGAUUCACCACAACCUUCAAGUACAUCUAUUUCAUCAUCAAUUACAACAAGCACUAAUGAUAAUGAUAACUUGUGGAUGGAGGAUAUGGUUUUUGACAACUUCCCGGAGAUAGAUGAUGAGUUUUGGUCGGAGGUAUUUUCGGGUGAGAAUUCCGGCGAGUUACCGGCGGAUGUUCAUGAAAACAUUAGUCAACUUCCAAGUGGAUGUGGGUAUGAUUCAAAUGUGCAUGAUGAUAUGGACUUUUGGUUCAAUGUGUUCACAAGAGGAGAGGAAUUGACACAUAUCUAAUAAGAUGACAAAAUGUCUUUCCUUUUAUUCUAAUUUGAUAGUGUAGUCUUGUUUUACACACAUUAUAGUUUCUAACAACACUAUUUGUGUUUUGUUUGGUCCAAAGCAACCAUUAUUCUUUGAUAAAAUACAAUAUAACAUUUAUAAUCCUAAA